CAUGGGCAGCUGCAGGAAGCUCGCGCGCGUUUUCUGGCAACCGUUUCUACACUGUGGAAGAAGCUUCUCGUCUCGACCAAAUCGGCUCUAUAACCCUGAAAAUUUUGCCGAGCGAUUCAGCAAGCCUCGAGGACUUGCAUCAAUUGCCAGAAUGGGGAUCGCAGAGAACUACGAUGAAGUUCUCAAGGGCAAGUACCCAGCCAAGGAACACGCAAGGAAGGUCGCAAAGUGGAUUAUCGAGAAGGGUGGUGACAAAAACGGAACCAUCUACCUGGAGGCGCAAAAGCAGAAGCUGAAUGAGGACAACGAUGGAGAGGCUCCUUUCAGGCAACGACGCUACUUCUACUACCUCAGUGGAUGCGAGCUGCCAGACUCGUAUCUCACAUACGAAAUCAGCACUGACAAGCUUACGCUGUUCAUCCCCGGCGUUGAGCCUGACGAGGUCAUCUGGUCCGGACUUCCCAUGAGCCUCAGGGAGGCAAAGGUAAAGUAUGAUAUCGAUGACUGCAAGACAACCGCCGAUGUCAACUCGCAUCUGGCCAGCUCGACCGACACAUCACAGUCGACUGUCUACGCCAUCCCAGAGCAAGUUUCGGACCACAUCACCUUCCUCAACUUCAAGGAAAAGGAGUUUAAGGAGCUCAAGCCUGCGAUUGAGUACUGCCGGGUGACCAAGACCGACUAUGAAAUCGCGCUCAUUCGCAAGGCCAAUGCUAUAUCAACUGUGGCACAUGUCAACGUCAUGAAGGCUGCUGCUAAGGCUCGCAACGAAUGCGAACUCGAAGCUGUCUUCCUGAAGUCGUGUGUCGAACGCAACGCAAAGAACCAGGCCUACCACUCCAUCGUGGCAGCCGGCACGAAUGGCGCAACUCUACACUAUGUCAACAACGCAGCACCUAUUGAUAAGCAGAACCUGCUCCUUUUGGAUGCAGGAUGCGAGGUUGACUGCUAUGCCUCAGACAUCACCCGCACCUUCCCUAUCACAGGCCACUUUAGCGAAGAGAGCCGCGCAAUAUACGACAUAGUCCUUCAUAUGCAGAAGCAGUGCAUCGCCGCGCUCAAAGCCGGUGCCGUCUGGGAUUCGAUCCACGAACUUGCCCACAAAAUCGCCAUCGAUGGUCUUCUUGCGCUCGGUAUCCUAAAGGGCGAUGCCGAGGAGAUCUUCAAGGCGCGGACGAGCGUCGCAUUUUUUCCUCACGGUCUGGGUCACUACCUGGGUAUGGACACGCACGACACGGGCGGCAAUGCCAACUAUGCGGAUAAAGACAGCAUGUUCCGCUACCUCAGGGUCAGGGGAACGGUGCCUGCGAGGAGCGUGAUCACGGUUGAGCCGGGCAUUUACUUUUGCAAGUUCAUCAUCGACCCGUAUCUGAAGAAUGAGAAGCAAAAGCAGUAUAUCGACGAGAAGGUGUUAGAGAAGUACUGGAGUGUUGGUGGUGUAAGGAUUGAAGACAAUCUUUUGGUAACAGAGAACGGUUCUGAAAACUUGACGCCAACACCAAAGGAGGUCGACGAUAUCACGCAGCUCAUCAGGGCUGGUCACUAGGUUAUGGCGACUCAAUGCCCUCAUAUCGAGUGGCGACCACAACAGCAAUAUAAUAAAGAAAUCUUCC